AUGGCUUCACAACAAUCUUAUCCUUCUAACGUCCAGCUUCCUCGCAAGUUGCAACGUCCACAAUACAUCGAGGUCCCUGCUCAAAAUAUUGCUGCUAUCGAUCCUGAACUGUCUCAUGUACCGGUCGACUACGUCCGACGUGGUCUCAAGAAUCAGGCGAACCAGAUGUUUGCUGGUAUCUCAGCCCUUCAAUUGUCUCCGAGCAUGCAUCGCUCCCAACUGCACCACACACCUAGUCUGACAAUCCCGAUUCGGCCAUCCGGGCCCUCCUCUUCUUACCCAACACACAUACUCGCUCUCUCCAAAUCAUCCACUUCCGAUUCACAUGUGACCCUCGUAGCAACCCACGCCCUCGUCCUCGCAUCUAACUGUGCUUCACUCCCCCGCCUCCCCCCAUCAGCCUCGUCUCACGGCGCCACAGUCAGCGUCACCCUCCCAGUACUCCCUCUCACCAUACCCGCCCCGGCAGCAUUCGCACCCUUACACACAUUCCUCUACACCCAUUCCGCACCCCAACUCCUCUCCGCACUCCUCCCAGCUAUCCCGGGCUCCUUCCUAUCCACCCUCACAUCCCCACAAGCACUCCGCGGCACACUAGCCUCCGGACCUGCUCUCCACACGCUGUCCGCGCAUCUCAUGUCCUCGGCCCCCGGUAUGGGUGCACUCACGAACGUCGCCCAGAAUAUCGCUGCUGUAUGGAGGAACGCGGUUGCAUUGGGCGUACAUGAUCCUGAACUCUGGCAUUGUCUUGACUUGGCGUGGGAGGUCAUUUUGGGUGCUAUGAACCUUGGUGCCGGGGCGCGUUAA